GAUGUCAAUCAACAGCAGAACAGGUUAGAUUAGUACAGGUGAGCCAAGAAGCAACGCAUGCUAAUGUCUGUACAUUAGAAAGCAUUCUAGUGUUACAGCUUAGUCGGGAGGACGGCAGUUACAUGGAAGCCUAUUAGAAAACAAAUUUGCCUGUCCCUGGACUCACAGACACACACAAACACACACUGGGAAUUUACAACGGGAGACCCACAGGGAUAUCUUUCCGACCCAGCCCUGCAAGGUGAAGGCAUGUCAUACAAGAAGGUUCAUGCAGCCCAUGCAGGUUCACUAGAGAGGGAGGAGCUGCAGGCCUCAGCCCUGGACCUGGAGUGGGACAUGGAGAAGGAGCUACAAGAUCCUGUCCUAGGCUUGGAUCGCUUUCAGAUGGAGUGUUUAGAUCAUCAGACUGUGGGCAACUCCAACCACGCCGACUCAGAUCUUGAGCCCAUCCAGCCCUCUGUGUCAGUGUCUCCCCACGGUAGAUUUGAACGACUACAGGAGGAAGACCCCAACUACAUAUCCCACUUCACCAGGGCUCCUCCAAAGGGCCAGCGGAGGAGCAGCUGCAGCCUGGUCAGGUACCUGCUGGCAGGGACUGGGCUUUUUAUCCUGGGUCUGCUUAUAGGCCACUAUGCCCACCGCACAGACAAGCCUACCCCAGAACCCCCCGCGGACACUGACAUCUUGGAGGAGCUGCUUAGGGACAUCACAGCAACAAAGAUCCAGGCUUUACACAGGAAUUUCUCUAGCCUUUCAGAUUACAGCGAGGAGGCCAGUGUUAAUCACCUAUACCAACAGUGGAUGGACCUUGGCUUGACCGAUAUCCAAUUGUCUAAUUACACCGUCCUCCUCAGUCUGCCUGGCCCCACUUCCAGCAGCAUCGUGGAGCUGGACAGCCACCAGUGUUUCCUUCCCAGUGGGGCACAGUGUGAGCCCAAACCCAGCAACAACAACCCCAUGGCAGAGCAACACUAUUCAUAUGCUGCAUAUUCUGCUGCAGGCAGUCUGGAGGCAGUGGUUGUGGAUGUCCAAUAUGGAGGUUUGGAAGACUUGAGAAGAGCAAGUACAACCAUGAAUGUCACCCACCAGAUUGUGCUGUUGAAACUCGGAAAAACUCCCCUGCUUUAUAAGCUUUCACUCCUGGCACAGAUGGGUUUUAGGGGUGUACUCCUCUAUGUGGACCCGUGUGACAGCCCCAGUGACCAAAGCCUGUGGAACAAGGCCUUUGGGGUCACCUUGAACCCCGGAGGAGACCCCUCAACUCCUGGUUACCCUAGCAUUGCUGGGAGCCACAGGGAGGAACGGACCAACCUGACAUCUCUGCUGGUCCAGCCCAUUUCUGUCUCACUGGCUAAGAGGCUGCUCAAUGUCCAGUCUGUGGGACUAGGGAAUCUCUGUACGCCUCUGGCCAUGCCUGCUGCCUCCGAACGAAGGAGGAUACAACUAACCGUUGGGACCCACUCUGUUUUCAAGACAGUUCACAAUGUGUGCGGAUACUUGAGAGGGAAAACAAACCCAGAUCGAUACGUGCUGGUGGGCAGUCGUCAUGACAGCUGGCAUAAAGGGACAUCAGCAGAUUGGCGCGGAGGCUCUGCCAUGAUGACUCAGAUCAUCACCUCAGUGACCAAGCAGGCCCGGAGAGGUUGGGAGCCCGACCGCACCACUGUCUUUUGCUCGUGGGGGGGGUCACCCCUUGGCAACAUUGGCUCCUUUGAAUGGGGAGAGGAGAACCGUGCCGUGUUGCAGAGCCAUGCCGUAGCCUACGUCAGCCUCCACAGUCCUGUCAGAGGGACAGAGACCCUGCGCUCCACUGCCUCUCCUUCACUUCUCCAACUCAACUCCGACAUCCAGAAGAGGCAGCUGCUGAGCUGUAUUCGAGGUGGAAACUGCCCAGGACCAAAUCUUAGCUCUUUGCAGAUCCCUGGGGAUGUGAGCUUUUUUGCCAACCAGCUUUCUGUCCCAUCUAUGGAGUUUGCAUUUGAACAAACCAAAGAGAAAAGCGGUUUCCUCUCUGAAGCCUUUUUUUCUGCUGAGUCACCAGAAACCAUGGAUCCUCUCUUCAAAUUCCAUGAAACUAUUGCUAAGAUGACAACAGAGGCCAUUCUUCGACUCGUCAAUGAUCCAGUACUUCCAUUCUGUCCCCUUGACAUUGCUCUGGACAUCCAGAAUAAACUCAAAGAUGAACCCCUGAGUGACCCGAGGCUGCUGGCAGCUGCCGCCUCCCUCAGAGAAAGCUCAGCAUUCCUCCAAUCGGAGACAAUGCGACCGGCCAACGACCCCAAGGAGAGGGACCCCUCCCAUGUACGUAUGUUGAACGAUGUGCUCAGGGACCUUGAGAAGAGCUUCACAGUCCCACAGCCUCCUCCAGGAGUUUACAGGAACCUGUUGUACAGCCUGAAUGAGAAGGUCCCAGAGUUCUCCAUGCUGAAGUACCCCCGGGAUCCACUCAGAUUCAACGCUGUGAAUGAGUCUUUGUCAAUGAUCACAACCGCCAUCAACUCGGCUGAGAAGCUCAUUCGCAGUGGCCUUGAACUCUUUGAAAACAGUCCAGAUGACCCAAAUUGACCCAAUGAACCAAAUAAGUUUGCAGUUACAGGACUUUAAUUCAUUCACCCUGUUGCAGGAGACCUUUCCUCCAACACAGGGACAUGUAAAACAUGUAUUCCAUUUUAUUUGAGUUGUUUUUAUUUGAGUCCCAUGGACCCCAGCAAAAGUCAAAGUUUGGUUCAAUAAUUUUGUAUAUGCCUGCUCUGGCCAGAUAUUUAGCCUCACAUUGUUUUUGUUUUAUUAUUGUUAUGAUUGAUUGAUUGAUUAAUUAAUUAAUUAUACAACAAGGGUAACAGGCAGUAGUAGUAGUUUUUCACAGCACACCAGUAGCUCAAAUACACAGAAUUGAAAAGCAGUUUAAGGUCUGAACACAUCACAGCAAUAAGGUAGGACUCAAGGUUAAAUGGCUUUUAAAGUUUGUAAUUUCCCUUCUAUAAAACUGUAUUGUUCCUUUCCCAAAAAAUGUCCAUCAAUUAUAGUCCACAUAACAGUGCACAGUUCCUGCAACUGCAGGAUUAUUUGCUGUGGAAAACUGGAUCAAAACACGAUCCUACAUCUGUAGACUCUACGUGACUGUGCUGGAUAUGUGCCUCCGAUACCAAGUUCACUCUGCUUUAUGUAGUGUGGCACAGUUACAGAAAUUACAGCAAGAUCAAACUAAAGCAAUAUGAGGAAACCAGGACACCUUGCACUAGUCUCCCUGAGCACCUGCUUUGUUUGAGUUUAUGAAACAUUCAUCAACAAGCAUUGUCGGUGUCAUCUCGAUCUCUUGCUCCCUGUCAAAGUGCUGGGCACUCCAUGACGUCUUAAAUUCUCAUUCUCAGGGGGAACAAUGACAGACAGACAUUAACGGAGAAUAUGAAGAAGCAGUGGGACACGGGAGUCUGCUAAGAGUUUGGGGUCUGACACUGAAUGUUCUUAAAGGGUGGAACAGCCCUGUGCAAGCUUUGAAGGCAGAACCGAGGAGGCGGAGAGACUCAGCCAGACAGGCUGUGCAAACUAGACAUACUGAUAUCCAGUAUGCACUAUUAGGUAAACGGUUUCUUCUCUACCACUUCAACGGAAACAAAUGGGACCACUGAAUGCUCAUAGUAAGUCUAAUAACCCUCUGCUCUGCACUGGCUGUGCCUUCAGACGUUCUAUUGGAAAGGCUGAUAUAUAACUUAAGCCCUGGUUUUACCGUAGUCACAUGUCCCGAUCUGGUCCACUUUCAGAUUGUGCCUCCAUUUUCUAAAAUGUUUCCUUUUGAAAAACAUCAGAGGUAAUCGAGGAGAAGGAACGCCACGGAUGGAAAUUGACUUGUUAAAAUUGACUUGAGAUUAUCUUUCCCCACUUGUGUGUUAUCAGGCAAAAGGAGAAGAACCUCUUCAGUUCUUUAACAAAUGACAUCUCCUUGAACACUUAACCAUUUACAGGACGGAAGAGGGGAAACGUGGUGGAAAUACUUUUACAAAAAUUAAGGCCAAUGUUUCCUUAUCGCCAGAGGUGGCCAGAGAUACAAUCACAUCAAAAUAAAUCUUGAAUUGUCUACACUGGUCUAAAAAUGAGCACAAUGUGCAUGUGGCCAAGACCUGGAAGUGGUUAAUACCAGGUAUGGACAGAGUUCUUUCCAGAGAUAGAGUGUAAAGCAUAUCCUGGGUAACUCACCUGGUAUAAGAAUGGUGCAUGUCAGUGUUGUGGAUUUUAUUUUAAUUUGAGGAGCUAAUUAUAAAAAGUGAUGAAAAUGCAUGUUUUCACUUCUGUAGGUCUCUUUUGAUAAGAGUGCCUUGCUCAAGGACUAAAAUGUAAAUGGAUAGAAGCAUAAUGUGCAGCGGCAUGAUAGGAGGUAAAUAAGGCUGUGUCAAUGGUGUGGCAUGGCCUGUUUUGAUAGUUGACAUACUUAACCAUUCUUAUACUAGUUUACUGUAAAUAUAUCUUCAUUCCCUAUCCCUGAAAACCCAGAAAAAUGUGUAUCCUAAUAUUUGUCAGUCUCAUGCACUAGAUGAUUGAAGCCCAUAACUGGCACAGUAAAGUUCUCUGCCAGAUUUGUGCUUUGAUUAGAGUUUUUUUCUACUCAGAUGUCUCUCCCCUCUUUGAUAAAGUUGCAUACCCAAAGUAAAAUGUGAUAACCGUAUUUUUCCAGCAACUCACUGAACUCCUAUAUCGAUCAGUUUAAUUAAAACAGGCAACUCUCUGCAAUGCUUUGACAUACGGUAGAAGCAAUGUCAAUACCAGCUAACACAAAGUAGUACAGGCUUUCAAAUGAUUCAACAUACCCCAGGUUUCCUGUCUGUACAUUCUGUACUAAGGACUGAUGAUAAAAUGUGUUGCCUUAACUAAUUUGUUAUGCUUUGUUCAUGUUAGACUUCUGCAUGUCUAAUAUUGUAAGGUCCCUUAAUUUUUGUGCUUGCUUUAGAGGGCUUAUAUGAUUUAUUCUCAUUCAGCAUGAAUCAUUUCAAUUGCAGGGUUAUGUGAUAUUUUUGUGUAAUUUCUAUAGAUAAAUGAGGAUUCGGAAGGUAAAACAUUCCCCAAAAGACUCAAAUCCAAUUUAACAUUAUCAUGUUUUUCAUCAUAUCUCAUUACAGAUUGUAUUUUUUAUGAAAAUCAAA